UUGGAGGUAUUUCUGCUCGUGGCCAUCUUGUCCACUUACAGUAACUACAUCCGCAAGGUUUUUCUGAAGACAUAUGCAAAGGAGGACUUUUGUGUUAUCAUCACAGUUUGUUAAAGAUAUGUGAGAACUAAGUAAAUUGUCAGUUUCAUUUUAAUUACUCCAACACACCCAGCUGUUGAGAAUUCCGAUGUGGUCACUCCCUGAACCGAGCUGCUGCCGAUAACACAAAGAAAAAAUUUUAUUUCCAGUUUCUUCUUCAUUCCUGAUCAGAAAGUGGAUUAAAGAUGCAAUCUGAAAUCCUACAACUUAAAAAACUUUAAGAAAACACUUGAAGAAGUACAUUUUGGAAUAAUGAAUAUCAUCCCUGGUCAAUUCCAGAUCCAACUGGUACAGACAAUGACUUGGGUACAUAGGCAAACAGAUCCCAUUAUACAGUGCAUCAUUGACAGGAAUUUAAAUAAGCUGAAGAAAUUAAUCAGAGGCAAAGACCUGAAUGGACUGUACCCUUGUGAGGAGUGUCGGGAUGAUGUUACCCCUUUAAUUGCUGCUGUUGCAUUUAGAAAUGAAGAGAUUUGUACCUUUCUUCUAAAAGAAAAGGCUGAUCCCAAUAUUCAAUCAAUAAACCUUUGGACCGCUUUACAUUAUGCUAUAUUUUCAAAUGGACAUUUGAAUAUAUUGAGUAGAUUACUCGCAGAAAAAGCUGAUCCAAAUGGAAGCAAUAUCAACCAGACAUUAACUCCAAUUCAAAUCGCUGUAAUGAUAGACAGAGAAGACGUUGUGAAAGAAUUAAUGAUGUCUGGUGCAUAUCCUGAAAAAUACUUUGGAAGGAAUCCUCAAAUAGACCAAAAGUUGCAAAGCAUGAUUGCAAAAUUGUCUUCAGAGAGUGGGGAUUUUGUCAAAUUUAAGAUCUUUUUUGAUUUUUCAUGUGCAGUAAGUCUCAUGUCAGUGGAGGAUAUUUUCAAAAAAUAUGGCAAACACUUGCUGGUGGUGAAUCCUGUGCAUCAUGUUACACUCUUUGACAUGUGCUUUAACGUUUUUGGCCCAACUGAGAAUUUGUAUCAACAAUCAGGCAUAAAGUGGCUCAAAGAAUCUCAGAAAAUCGAUCACUAUACUAAAGGAGCCAUCAGUCGUUUGCCUAAAAUUCCCAUUGAAUUACAACAAGUGGCAGUGAAAAGCUUGACAAAAGUUUUUUGUACUAUGAAUGAAAUACCUCCGGAAAUGUCACUGGAAGCAAUACCCAGUCUUCUGAAAUAUCUAACAAUUGAGUCCAAAAUCCCCAAUCAGGGAUUAAACACCGAAGUUGUCAGACUACUCUAUGUGAUCACUCAGAAAACUCCAAACCGCAAAAAGUGCUGGACCUUCCCAUUUGUUGAGGAGUUAUACAAUGGGAUCAUUGUGUUCACGGAUAAUGAGUAUCUCUCCAAUCCUCUGACCUCCAGCUUAGGUGUCUACACCUUUGGUUUGCUUGAAGGUCUUUACAUAUUUGACAAAGUACCUGCUUCAAUCACAACGCGAGGUAUAACCUCAGUGCCUGAGACAAUUCUUGUUACUGCUGAAAUGGAGAUAGAUGAAGACCUCAAAGGAAAACUGAGAAAAUUAGAUAUGUGCCUCCGAAAUGCAGUCUCUCAAACAGAUAAAACUGAGGAAUUACACAAAACUACUUCAUCUAAGAAGAAAAAUAAAAAAAAGAAGAAAAAAAAACAGGAAGAGUUGCCAGUUGAGAAAAGUACAACUGACCUGACUGAGAAACCAGUGCUUGAUACUUCAAUUCCAGUUGUGGAAUCUGGUGUACAUGCGGACAGUUCCAGUGUUCAACCAUUCGCAUGUACCUCUGAUGAAUUCAAACCCCUGAAAUGGCAUAAGGUUAGUAAGCGGUGGGGGCCGCAGUUGGAGAAACUCAGUAAAAUCAACCCACAGAAUGUUUACAGAUUGGGUACCCUGAAUCUUGUAGUCCAUCCAGAUUUCCAAAUAGCCAAAGGAAGUGAUGGAACUCAAGUUUUUCUGGGGUUGAAAGAUGAUGGUACUGAGGUAGCCGUUAAGAGAAUGCUGAAGUCAAACUAUCAAGACCUUAAGAAUGAAGAGGAAUUUUUACGACUUCCUCAACUGGAUAGUACAUGCAUUGUGAGAUAUGUGGACUUUGCAGAGGAUGAGAACUUUGGUUACCUUGUCCUUCAGCUCUGUGAAUACACCCUUGAGGAAUACAUUAACGACCACCUACCAGAAGACAAAAUGCCAGUCUUGAAGAAAAUUAUGCAGGAGGUGCUUUGCAGUUUAAGUGUUCUUCACAGUCAUAAUACAAAAAUUCUGCACAGGGAUAUAAAACCCCAGAAUGUUUUAAUAGAUGUUUCAGGCAGAGCGAGAUUAGCCGAUUUUGGUAUAAGUCGGCAAUUGAACAUGGGACAAACUACUCUUCACACAAGCAAUGCAGGAACAAAAUGUUGGAAAGCCACAGAAACUUUGGAUGAAGACAGUGGUAUUGGAUAUAAGAGGAGCACUGAUAUUCAGGUGGCUGGGAUGUUAAUGUACUACAUCAUUUCUGGUGGACAUCAUCCAUUUGGCAAUGGAAUCCAUUGUGAAAUUAACAUCUUAUAUGGGAAGUACACACUGGAGCAUAUUGAUGAUGAGAUAUCGAAGGACCUUGUUGAGUGGAUGAUCAAUAAAGACCCCAUAAAAAGACCUACAGUGGAAGACACGCUGGCCCACCCCUACUUCUGGAAAGAGGAGAGGAGAAUGGAGUACUUGCUAAAAAUUGGGAACGAGAAGGAGGCAGAGAUGUGUCGUAAUGCAGACCCAGAACUCCUACGUGCAUUGGACCAAUGUGUAGAAGGGAUGUCUUUCUCAAACUGGAAGUCCAAGGUGCCAUCUGAGUUGAUCAAGACGAUGGACAGUAGAAAAAAGCCAUACCCUGAAAACACACUAGGAUUGUUGCGCUUCCUACGCAAUCUCCAUGAGCACCAUGCGGACAGUUUCGAAAGGGUUGAUGUAAUGACAAUGUUCCCUGACCUCUUUGGACAUGUCUACAAGUUUGCCAAAAUGCAGGAGUGGAAUUCACGAAAUACUUUAAAUAGAUUUUUCCAAGUGAAGAUCUAAGAUCACGAUUCAAUCAUUUUUAAGAUCACCGCGAGUUACUGCUAGAAUGUUGAUUUGACAUCAUGUUUAAGCGUCCGAAGAUUCAUGAUUUAAGAGAUAUAAUGAAGAAAACAACUGGCAAUACUGGCCUACAAAGGCAAAGCACAAUAAGUAGCUAUACAAUACUGGGGAAACUGAGAUUUUUUGCUAAUUAGAUAAAUGUUGCAGGUACUACAAUGUAUGUAUUUAUUCAGUCAAAACACACUGUUGAAACACCAGAUUGCAGUAACUUCACUUUACUUAUAUUUGUAUUGGUCUUUAACAAAACGUUGCACUAAAGAUUGAACCGAAAUCCUUAAUUGAGCUUAAUCGAAAUGUUGACCAAAAUGUAUUGUUUUACAUUUAGCUUUUGUAUGGAAGUGAACAGUACUUUGACCUAUCUGCCAGCAUGGUGUUUUACCACCUCUUAUCAUGUUACAUUGCAUUUGUUUUUCUAAUGAAAUCUAAAAGAUAGCAAAACCUUGUAUUACCCUGCUCAAAAAUAUAGGGGGAACACUUAAAUCACACAACGGGUCUCGAUGAAUGAAAUAUAUGAACAAAUUCUUUGAGAACAAAAUUAUGUAACAACGGUCAAUGGAAACCAAAAUCACCAAAAUCAAAGGUUGUUCCAAUUUGCGUGUUUUUUUUCACGGCAACUCAUAAUGUGACUCAGUAGUGUGUAUGGCCCCCACGUGUCUGUAUGCACUCCUGACAACG